CGCCCCGCCGCGUCCGCUGACCUUCGGCGGCGGCGGCGGCGCCAUCAUGGUGUUCCUGCCGGACGAGUCGCGCUCGCUGCCGCCGCCGGCCCUCCUCAACAGGGGCUCGGCGUGGCUGGGCUUCACCGGCUGGGUGGCGGCGCUGCUGGACAACGGCUUCAACCACCGGCCCGUCAUCCGAGCCGGGGUUCACCGCCAGAUUCUGUUCACGACUGUGGGCUGGUUUGUUGGGUAUUACAUGACUAAGCGGACGGAAUACAUACAUGCUAAACGCGACAGAGAAUUGUUCGAGUACGUGAAGCAACAUCCCGAAGACUUCAAGAGGAAAGAAAAGAAAAGAAUAGGAGAGCUUUUGGAGGAUUUCUAUCCCGUUCGCUGAGGAUGUCUUCAGCAGCUGCGAGCCUGUGCGCAGGAUGCUGUCCGCUGAACCAAUUCCGUGCCGGUAACUUAAACAGGCUGUCUGUUAGUAACUGUCAAGUGCACGUGGCUUGGAAAAAUGAUUAUUCGCUUUCAUAUAAUUAAAGUUAUCAUUAAAUACA